AUGUUCAAGAGACCGAAGGUGGAGUUCAUGUUGAAUUUCGAGAAUGCGGUGCUGCACAAAUUGCCGUGUCUCUUCCCGAGGCGCAAAAAAACAGCGGUGGAGUGUGCAAAGCUUUUGCACAAGCUCUUCCUGCACCAAUCAGCCCAAUUCUCUGGGCAAACAUGCCUGGUCAGAGAGCUCCGAGUUUCCGUGGGCGAUUUGCGAUGCGGCUGGACGGAGGAGCUGAAUGGAGAGCAACUGGACCUGCCUGCUGGUUCGUCACGCCCGAGCUUCCAGUCGCUUCUGGACCUGGUGUCGACACUGCAUCUUGUCAAAUCCGGCGCGCACAGACCGUUGAGCUCGAUUCUACAAGAAGUCGAGUCGGGCAUUGCCGCAGAAGAAGCGUCGUCGCAGAGUUUCUUGGCAUACCUGUUGCUCGUUCAUGCCAGGUUCACCGAUAUGCUGCAGACUCUUCUACAAUUUGGCGCAGGUAAUGCCGGCGGGAUCCCAGCACACAUUCUCUGCAGCAUCGAGAAGCACUGGAGUGGCGUGCCAGUCCAGGCAGUUCAGGAGGUUUUUCGCGACCUGGCCUGUUCGUCUUCGGCACCCUGCUUUGUCGGCGACUAUAGCAAAGUCGCGACGCGGAUCGAAGCUGUUCUGCUGGGCAGGCAGACGUCGCUAUUCUGGAGCCGCUGUAGGCAGAUACAACAUGCUAUCUGCACAGCGUCUGCCGGAAAGGUCGGCAGGGGUCAACAAGGUCUGUCUGACGGUUUGCAGCAGCUUGAAAGUGCCUUGGGAAAACUAAAGGCAGCGUUUGAGGCUGCCGCGAGUGGCCAGCAGGUCGCUUUGAGCACGGAGGAUUUGGACCAAGUUCGAAAUGCCGUGGAGAUGACACAGGAGCUCUUUGCGUUCUUGUCGCAUAGGGGAGCGGAUGGCUUCGACAUGAUGCAGCGCCUCGUGCAAGCCAUGACGGACAUACCAGGCCUGGCAUUCCUUGGCCUGCUGGUCACGAAGAGGGAGCAGUUGAGCACAAGGCUGGCGGAGCUGGUGGAAGGAACUCUGACUCCAGAAACCUUGGAUGCAGUGGAGCAAGCGGCGGGCUUUUUCAUGCCCAUGUGCAUCGGGGCUCUGCGCGUCAUGGACCAAGAUGUGGAUUCCCGGCGCUUUGAGACCGUGGCCACGUACUGGUCCGAAGACAUACGGAAAUCUGCGCUGCAGACGCGCAGCAUCUACGGCCUGGGGGAGCUGGUGCUCCGGAUGCUAAAUGAGGCUCACUCCCGCUUUGGAGCGAAAUUACCUGAGACCCUGGAGAGCUUGCAAUCCGCUUUGCGGCAGGGUCAGGUUGUUCAGCACAAGCUGCAAGAGAAUGACGACGAUGCGACAGCGGUCAGCAACACCGUCCAUGGGCUGAUGAAUUCGGGGCACUUCGUGCUUGAGGCCAGUGGGGAUUCACAGAGCUUGGAGGUUACUGCCUUUUUUGACUUCAACGGACAGAAAAUCUAUCGAGACAUGCAGCAACUCACUGAGUGUGCGGACAAGGCUCGGCUUGCCAUGCCGCAGAGUGGUGCUGGCGACUCGGAAAAUGUUGACGUUUUCACCAGCUGCGUGGAACGUGCCAUUGGCCUGCGUCAAGAACUCCUGGAAUUGCUGCAGAUCGGCCAUCCACACAACCACGAAGGACGAACACUGGAAUUCCCGUCGCAGGGUGCGGGUCUCUCAAGGGCAACCCUCCGUGAGCUGGACGAAAGGCUGAAGUGGGCUCGGGAUGCUGUGCUGCGAUGGCGACAAGCCCUUGAUGCUGUGCGUGCUGAAUGUGCUCUUAUGAGUUGCAUCCCAGCUAGAAAUGCUGUCAAGCUUGCAAUCGCGAUCAUCGGUGGUGAGUGGACCCGACUUCCUUCCCUCGUGUCUCUUUCGAUCCGUGCUGCCAUGCCAGACGGAAUUGCGCAGCAGCAUUUAGAGGACUUGUUCUUAGAGUGCCAGCGUCGCACACCGAAGGAUGGGGCAUUUGAAGAAUUCCUCGCCGAACUUGGCAGGUGCCUCGCAAAUUUCGUUGAAGCAGACAUGGUGCAGCUGUCGCCGCUACACCAGGUUGCCAAAAGGUAUCCAAAAACACGUUUAGCAGAAGAUGCCACUCAAAAAAGCAGAAUGUUGAGGCGGCAGAACCCUCAGAUCUAUCCGAGGCGAGUCCUUCUGAUCCAAGAAGAAGUGUCUCACGAAAAAGCAGGGUCACCUCUCCAAAGCACGGCCUCAGUCACCUUGCUUUCUGCGAUGUUGUCACUGGGCGUGGGCCCAGGGCCUGAGAAUGUUCUUCACUGCGAUGCCACCACGUUGAAGGAUGAUGUGCUCAGGUUCCUGCAAAGAGUGAACCAUGCAACGCAAUUGGCCAGUGCGACAGGUUGUCAGUCCGAGGUGGUUGGUGUCUGUGUGCAGGUGGAUCGUUUGGCCCACGAUGUCCUGCAAGUGCUUCUGAACAGAGUUCAUGUAUUGCAUGAGGCUGCAGGCAGACGUCGAGAAUCCGGUAGAGGUGCAGACGUCGAAGUUCGCUUGGUGUUCACCUUGACGCGGCAUGCUCUCAAGCUCAUGAUCGACACCCUGGAGAAAGAUUUGUGCAAGCAGCAGCCGAUCAAGCUCCUGACCCAUGCAACACUGAAGCGCAUACUCUCAGAUGCCGACAGGUGUCUGUGCUGGCACAGGGUCGUAUCGCCCGACAUUGCUGGGAAUGGCAAGACGCAUCACAUCAUGAACCAUCCAGAGUGGGACCGUCAAUCCAACGCCACACUGGUUUGGGGUGGUGCGCAAAGUCGCGGGCAGGCGGCUCUUCAGUUGAAGAAGGCCAUUGCUACAGGUGCUCGCUGCUUGCACUUGGAGCUCCACCCUUUCGAGGAGGGUGGCGGCGUGAACGUGGACUUGCUCGUUGCCGAGCUCUUUUUACACGGCAGAGUAUACGAUCCUACGACAAGCGAAUGGGCAGUGCUUCGUCCGGGCACGAAGCUUUUCGUAGAGGUUGCCAACUCCAUCAAGGUGAGGCUGCAAGCAAACUCUGCGGAGUUGACGCCCUUGACGUUCCUGUCAGCUCCCCUGCUGAAAAUGGUGCCGGGACAGUUGUGCGUCUCGGCGGAUGUUUCCUUUCAGUUUGAUGGGACAGAUCUGGAUCCAGCGACUGCUUCACCCCAAGCGCUGGAUUUCAGCCUUGCUGGCUCAGCAUUGCUUUUGAAUGACCUCCGAUGCACCACGAACCUCUUUGGGAGUGAGGAGGAGAUUGUUGUUUUCAAGCAGACCGCCUCUGCAGUAGUCAGCGGCCGCCACACGGAGCUGCUCCAAGACCGCGCAGCAGAUGUUGUUCAAGCAGCAGGGUCAGCUCUGCGCAGGGCGCGCGACAGCGUUGUGGAUGAGUCCGCAGACGACUUUCUGGUACCCUCCAAGGCGACCAUCAACACCUUCCUUCGCUUCCUAGCAGAGUGGACUGCCAAGUGGGCGAACCAGCUCCGCAACUUCCAGCUUACCUUCGAUCAGGAUCGGAAGGUGGAUCCGCCAAGCAUUUUCAUUCCGGUCCUAGAGGAGAUGAUUCGCAUGGCAGCCGGGGUUUGCCUUCGAUCUGCCGCUGCAGAGGCACAGGAAGAGCAGACCCGCGACAAGCUCACCCUGAGCCAAGGUGUGAAGGAAAACAGUCAGGCCACGGCAUUGCAAGAGGCAAUGGCUGGACGAGUUGUGGAUGUUCGUUGCGUUGCGACCGCGGCUUGGGCCUUCAACUCAGGAGAUUCUUUGCGCUUGAUUGGCAGCGCGUGUGAUGUGCCCAAAGCUCUUCAGAACCUGUGGCAUGCCUACAACCAGGGGGUGCUCCGGAUGCUUGGGGAGAGAGGCAAGAGCCACACGAUUCAGCCACCGCCUGUGAACUUGGCCAGUUCAAGCCAGGCUGAGAUGAAGAAACUGCUGCUUCAAGUGAUGUCUGACCACGGCAUGUCCGAUGCUCAGCUUUCCGAUGCUUUUAAUGGAUUCGUGCUAACCCCCGACAACAUGAUCAAGCUCGUGGACGUUGCGGAGCGCCUCCGCGCUGGCCUUCCGUGCAUCCUAAUGGGCGAGGCUGGCUGCGGGAAGACGGUGCCCUGGUUUGCAGUUGGGAUGAGCCGAAGUAUAGCAAUGAACAUCUCCACAAGUUCACAACCUUCGAAAGCUUGUUUUCCCAAGGUGCUCCUGCGACUGACGGCGCAACUGCUUGGGGCUGGCAAGCUGAACGAGCAUUCAGUGCAUGCAGGCACUUCAGUUGAAGAGAUCUUUGCAGUUUUGAAUGAAGCGGAGGCAAUGGCCCAGACCAUGGCCCAGACAGGCAAGCAUCAGAUGGUGAUUCAGUUCUGGGAUGAAUUGAACACGUGUCCACAUCAGCCACUCUUCAAGCAAAUCAUCGUCGACCGAGUAAAUCCCAGCACUGGCCGGUCCAUACACAAGUCAGUCACAUUUGUUGCAGCUUGCAACCCGUGGCGCUAUGCACAGAGCCAGGCCAUGUCUGCUGGCUUUGAAAGUCCACCUGUGGCCGAAGAUCGUCUUGCCGGGUUGGCCUACCGUGUGCACCCGCUGCCAGAGAGCCUGUUCGGGCAUUUGUCUUCUUUCGGCCAGCUUGAUUCCGCGACCGAGGCUGAGUAUGUUGAGAAGAUGGCAGAACGAAGCCCAAGUGUGCUGGAUGCGGAUGACAAGCCGCUCAAGCCUCCAGCGACGAGUGGGAGAAUCUGUAACAUCGUGGCUUGCUGCGUGAAGGUGGUGCAUGCUUUCUUCCGAGAGCGGCUCACGUUGACUGCCUCCUUGCGAGACCCCAACCGUUUGCUGAGACUUUGGUCCUUCAUCCGUUGGGAGUGGCAGAUGCGAGGGCUGAAUUUCACAGGUGCGGAUCUGGAAAAGCGGGAUCUUCAGUCCUUGAUGCUUGCCAUCCACCUCUGCUACGAGCUGAGACUUCCAAGCAUGGAACUUCGUCAGCAACUCGUGGCCGUUCUCCUUGCCGACUCGCAGCUAGGCGACUGCUUGCUGCAGCAUUUCCAUGACCAGCUUGAGGACGAGCAAAGCCGCCUGGAUUUAUGGCAAAAUGUCGUGCGGGAGGAGGAAGAUUACUGGCUUAAUGCUAUCAAUGUGCCGGACAACAUCGCCAAGAUCCGUGCAUUGAGGGAGAACGUUCAUGCCGCCCUCAUGUGCUCGAUGACGAGGACGCCCAUUUUCAUCCUUGGCAAGCCUGGAUGCUCAAAGUCGCUGACAGUAUCCCUGCUUGUAAGUGCGCUCACAGACCCCUAUUCCGAUGAGUUGAAGCACUUGGCAAGCUUCAGUGUUCAGCCGUACCAGGGGAGCCGUCAGUCGACAUCCAACUCCUUGCUGCAAGUUUUCGACCGCGCUCUGAAGCAGCAGGAGAAGCUCCGGAAGUUGAAGCGGCGAACGCGACCUUUGGCAUUGGUCUUGCUAGAUGAGGUGGGGCUUGCGGAGCAGAGCCCUCACAACCCACUCAAGGUGCUUCACUCUCGGCUGGAGCCCCGGAAGCCGGAGCAAGCCGUGUCCGUCAUCGCGAUCAGCAACUGGGAGCUGGACAGAUCCAAAAUGUCAAGGGCCCUCACCUUGGCAUGCCCCCCAGCCUCGGAAUCGGAUCUGCAAGAGAUCGCACUGGCCAUCAUCCGAGCAUACCUGGCCCACGACACCCAGAUCCGACGCCAGCUAGAGGCCAACUUGGAGCACAUCUCCCGGGCCUUCAUGGGGAUUUUGCAGAGCCAGCAGCCCAGUGAUUUCCAUGGUCUCCGAGACUGGUAUGGCAUGUGCUCCUACGCUGCACGCCUGUUGCUGGCAGCGGAUGACGCCAUGGAGCUGGUCUCCAAGGAGGCAUCACAAGGUGCACUCAUGAAGGCUGUGUCUGAUGCGUUGACCAUUGAAGCCAGACAGCUUGUGGAACUGUGUCGAGACAGGGAGCUCAAGUUCGUUCCAGCUGAUUGGGCCUUGCAAAUGGCGGUCUACAACAACUUCAGUGGAAACAGCAGGCACUCGGACAAUGGCCAGAUUGUGGACACGCUCAGCACCAUGCAACAAAGCGUGCACGCAGAUGAGGCUCAGGCUCAGUUCGUUCCGUCACUCGCACAAGUGUUGCCUCACUCCGCCACGACUGUUAAUCGGCUGGAUUCACUGUUGGGCGAUGUGGACGGCCGCCACAUCAUGGUAAUCACAGACUCACCAGUCCCGGUGAUUGCUUGGAUUGAACACCGUGCACGCACUGUUGCCAAUUGGAAUCCAGAAAGUCUUGUAGGCAGUCCUCUGGAGCAGGAUCGAACAAGCACGGACAUGUACGCACAGAGCAUGAUUCAAGCCGCGAUUGUUAGCAUUGCGCAAGAACGGCGACUUCUCAUUUUACAGAACCUGAGCAUAAUCUACGCGGCUUUGUACGAUGUGUUCAAUUCGAACUAUUGCCGGGCUGGUGGUGACGGCCAGAGGUACUGUCGAAUUGCACGAGAGGGGUUCUGCAACCCUCGGUGCGCUGUCGCUGAGCAAUUCAAAGCGGUUCUUGUGGUCACUCGGGAGCGAGCUGCCGAGUACGAACCUGCAUUGCUCAAUCGCUUUGCAAAGCUAGAGGCCGAUGUGGACCUGUCAGAUCUUCUGCCCUCGAAAAAUGUUUCUGUGGAGUGGGAGGAGCAUGUCUUUGACCUCUUCCCACGCUUGGGCGGUGCUGAGGGCAUGCCACAGCACUUGCUGCCCACAGAUGUCAUGGCUGCUUGCCCCAUGGAUCCUACACAGCCGGACUUGACGAGCCUUUUUGACAUGGUUGCGCUGUCCGCAAACAUGCGUCGUGCUGACACGGCUGAUUCCGUUGAUCCACAAGGCCGAAGCAGCGUCGAGGAGAAGGACGCGGUACUGUUUCCACUGCUCUCCUUGGAGUACUCGAUGGGUCAUGGUGUUCGAGGCAAGCCAGUGAGCAGCCCGAGCACGCAUUUUGGGGAGCUGCUGAGCCAGACAUGCACCGAGCUCGGCAUGGACCGUGAGAAUUCAGCCAUCAUCCCCAUGUUGGUCCCGACGUUCAGCGCCAUCAGCCAAAGGCUUGAAUGUGAAGCAGUGCCACUGAUCGAGGACGGAUUGAAAAUUUUCACCGAAAUUCAGAUUCACAAGACAGUGUCUGAAGGCAUGUUUCAGGAGAGUGCAAAGGAGCAUGUGGACAAGGUGGCGCAUGCCUCUGGACAAGGAAGAGUGCUAUCAGCCCUGCACGUACAUCUCAGCAUGAAGCAAGAUGAUGCUGCAGACAUUCUGGAUUAUCUCCGUUUCCAAAUCGAGUGGGUCGCACGCGAGAUACAGAAGCGGCUUGAGACGGGCAAACUUUGUCCUGGUGUGCAUGUGUUGGCUCUCGUUGUCCAUGGUGUCAGAGGUAGUCCUGAUCUUUGCAUGCGGCCUUUCUUGCUGGCGGGGCCAGUAGACGCUCAAAUGCGAGGUGCCAAGGCUGAAGUACAUCCUUGGAGAGGUGCAUCUGUCGAUCACUUCUCUCACUUGCUACCAUGGGGAAUGCAGUCAGAGGUGCUUGCUCAUGGAAGCAUCAGAGACAUCUUCGGCUUGGAAGAAGCGGACGUUGAUCGUUUCCGUUUCGUGCUCGCGGAUGCAUUGCCACAUGUCGUACCUGGACUAUGCCAGGGAACGCAAAUGGCUGACAGUUUCUUGAUCAUACAGAGCCUCAUGCAAGCCAUCAACCGCAAACCGGACCUUGUGCGAGCUAUUCGCUCCGUACUUGCAGCAGAGCUGUCCCAGGAGCAGGCGACGCCCGGACGUUGGACAGUAGGAGGAGUGGUCAGAUUUUGGCCGGAGAGGGGACGGAUAUUGAUCAAGCUCAAGCUUGACACGCGCUUUAUGGUCGGAGUGGGAGGGGUGGAAUUCCUGUUCGAGUUUGAGUUCGGGUGGGCAGAGUGGCAAGGGGGUGGGUGGAACCGAUUAAAGUUGAGAAGUUGGUAUCGACGGAUCCAGGUCCAUUGGCGUGGCAAAGUGUCUGAAGAUGUCGCUCUUCUGCGGCGCACCGGUUCUUUCCAGCUGGCGCUGCUCUCACACCUGAGGCGAGAUGACAAGGUGAGGCCGGUCGUGGAGGCUGUCUGGCAUCACAGCCUGCACACCAGCUGUCCGGACCAGGAUGCCCAUGAUGUUCAGAAGACAUGGUGGCAGCCAGUUGCCGAGUCGCUGCUCAAUGAAGCCUUGAGAGCCGAGGGAGGCAAUCUGACAGAAAGCACCUUGGCCGUGCAGCAGCAUUCUGAGCUUUGGACACUGCGGAUGCCGGGCAGCCCGUGCUUGAUGCAUAUGUUGUUUUCACAGAUUCUGGGCUUGGGCAAUCAGGGAAAUCAACAGGAAGACUUUCUUCUGAUUGUUCGUGAUCGUGCAGACAAGCUUGCCCAACUGAUGGAGCGCUGCUUGCCAGAGCCUCUUUGGAGAGCUCUGCAGGAAGCUGGCAAGUGCAUGCACUCAGGUGGUGUAGGUCUCCUGGGCGAAGAUGUUGUCGCGGAGGUAGCGUCGCGCGCAUGUGAGAGCUUGGCAGAGUGGCCGGGCUACAUUGUGUUCAAGUCAGUUCGUGUCCAUCUCCAUGUCUUGGUCUCUGAACUCACAGCUCGCCUCCUAGCAUCGAUGCCUGAUGUGGAGCAUUCCGACGACUCCCAGGCACUUGUGGCGUUGUGGCCUGCAGUUGCAGCCAGCCUGCUCCUUCCAAUUUCAGAACAGGUGGCGAGCUUGCAGCUGCGCUUUCCGUCAGAGCGACAUCAGCACUGGCAAGAUGUUUGGAUACCGUUGUGCCUUCCUCUACCUUCUCCGAUCACAUGGGACAGCAUUCGGCUGAGGGGAGUUGGUGCAGCUCUGCAGCUGCACGCGUCUGUACUUGAAGCAUCCAUUGAUGGCAGUCUCAUUGCUGCGGAGGACUUGUCUGAGGGUCUGCAGUUGCUCGCGCAGCUAUGCGUUGUGGUUGAGCAGUUUGCUGGUACUGCGCACUGCCCGGAUCUUCGCAGGACAGCAGUCACCAGCUACAUGCUGGCAUCUGUCUGCCUGGAGUCAAACAUGACCGUCGAAACCAUUUGGAAGCACAUGAGGCAAGCACGUGAUGGACACCUGGUGGCCACGUUGGCUGAGCUGGUGCAAGUCCGCGAUGUUCCCCCACAAGCUCCUCUGGCAGGCAUGUGCUACGCCAUGAACUUGAUGAACCGUGCGGCCGCGGUGAAUGAAGAUGCGCUCUCAUCGGUUAUGUGCAUACUGGGUGCAGCGAUACGCCGCUUUGACUACAACUUUGAGGACUUGCAGUGCAUCAAGACCUACCUGCAGCAGAUAGCUGGGUACUUGAUGGGGCAUGUGAUUCAGGCUUCAUGGCCAUCUUCCAUCAAGUGGGGCAAGGUAGAAGGCGUGUGCCAGAGGGUGCUGGAAGAGUUUGAAUUGUUGAUCGUCGGACCAGACGAAGUCAGGGACUCAGCUCUCGAUGUGAUGGCCCUUCUGGAUGAGCAUCUGCCCCCAACUCCUGGGAUGAUCCACCGAUGCAGCGGUUGCCAAACUGUAUGGCUAGACCCAGAAGAUGCGAGGUGUCCGAGCUGCGGCCAUGCGCUGGACCUGCUUCCUGCCGGGGCUGACGAGCCAAAGCAGGGGCCGGGGUGGGACACACCAUUUGUGGCUUGCUUGGCAGAUGCCUUGUCCACAACUUCGCACCUGAGCUCAGUAGUCUCUUGCCUGGUGAGACACGCAAUCCAAAAUCCGAAACCUGAAACCAAGCGGCGUGCCGCCGAGAUGCUGGAGAGGGCUCUUCGUUUAGUCCAGGACGCCCUCCAAGCCCCAAGCCCUUCUCGGUCUCGACGCUUCAUUGCCCUCGUGUUGAUGCGGGACUUGGUUGCAAACAGUGUUGAGCUGGUUGAGAGCAAGGAUGAGGAAGGUUUGGACUUGGACAAUGUUCUGACGCAUCUGCUCCAUGUCUUACAGAUGGCGGUGGGCAGAGACUUGCCUCCUGUUGCACCUGAGUCGCCUGUUCAGCUAUGCACUUUUCAGGGCAUUGGUCUUGGUGCAGCACAGCUCCCAAGUCCCCUUGCUUCGCUGUAUGUGAUGGCGGCAACCUUCCGAGCCAACCCAAUCCCCACAGGUAUCGCUGUGCGCCAGCUCUUUGAACUCGCUGCCGACAGAGCAGAUGAUCAGGAGCUCCACCGUUAUCUGACUAGCUGCCAGGCUGAAGCGUUGGCAUCCUCCAAUUCACUGGGCCUUUCCGUUCUGCUGCCGGGACAUCGUGACGACUUCGUCCAACGACUUCUGGUUGAGCUGCAAAACCUGGCACAGGAAGACCGCGCUCAGGCUGCUGCCGAACGAUUUAGCGCGCUUUGUGCCCAGAAGCGCAACGACUUCCGAGGGCUCGUGCAGUGCAUGCGCGCAGUUGGGGAGAUUGCAUGCAUGCAGCGCUCUGCAGUGGAUGACGCGAGUGCCGACCAGGCCUACGCCAUCUGCAAUCGACUUCCUCAAGAAGCGCUGGGCCCGGCAGCCGUGCUUUUUGCUGCUGCUGCAGGGGACGAUGAUGUGCAAGAGACCUUCGACUGGAAUCGCGACUUGCUCGACAUGGAUUCAGAAGAUGCAGUGCCGUGGCGGAGUUCGGUGAUUGCGCACAUAUUGUGUUUUUUGGGAGCCGCCCAUCGAAGCAUCAACACUGGUUCUGUACCACCCGGCCUCGAGCCCUUCCGUCGCUUCCUGGAUCUGGACCAGCAGGCCUUGGGAACAACUUUCUGGCCAGGACUGCCAGACAGCUUUUGGCAGGCCUUGAGGUACGCAGGAUUGCACAAGCACGGUCUGCCGACAAAUGCUAACAUUGCCUGGGCUCAGUGCGAGUGUGGUUACCGAUACUGCUACGGAAAUUGUGGGGCGCCCACCUCUUCCGGCCCGUGCCCCAGCCCGAACAGCACAGAGUGUCAAGGUGCUUGUACCCGACACAAUGGCGGUCGAGGGCACAAGUUUUGCCCGGGACAGCGGCUCAUAGCCAUUGUUGCAACAGCACCCCCACAUGGUAUUGGCUGGCCACCCAUUUAUUCCGACAUGGUCAGGGACUUUCCGGCAGCUGUCCAAUACCCGGCGCCACGGCCAGGGCUGUUUGCACUCACAGAAGCAGACGAGAGCAUCUCCGUCAAGCGCGCGACCCGCGCAAGUGUGGCGCACAGCCUUAUGACGGAGACUGUUCGACAGGACUGGAACCAGCCUUUCGGCAAGCCGCCACCGCCAGAGUCCGGCCUGCGACCGGUGACGUUCCGAGUGCUCCACCUUCUGGUCCAUGCCAGUGCCCUGAUCGGCGUUGGCUUGGAGUGGGCCCAAGGUCAGGCCAGCAUCGUCGACCUGCUCCAGGCGCAUUUGCGCGAUGAAGCGAAGAUGAACUGCGUCCGCGAUAAGGACGACACGGUGUGGUAUUUCAUGGCGAAUGUGGAAGGUGAUCUUGCCGCCCUUGCAAAACAGCUCAACAGCACUGUGGAGGUGGCCGCCCUUUUCGUGCACGCGAUUCUCCACAAGUUGGGGGAUGCUGACUUGGCCCAGCCAGCUGCCGUGAACUUUACCAGCCCAGAUGGGCGAAAUGCAUACGAGUCGUGGUUUGAUGCGAACGUGGUCUUGCCGGUCCUCGGAUCCCAGAACAGCUCUGGUGGCUUUUCCCUGCCGGGCGUCCAGGCCUUGCGCAGACUUGCAGGCCACGCCAGAGACCCAACAGUGGUGCUGUCCACUGACUUGCUGGCCCGAAGAGCGCCUCCGAGCGAGGCAUGGGAUCAGAUGAACGUCCACGUGCGAGCGGCCCUGCUUCCCCAUGUGCUCAGGCCACCAACCUACCCGGAUGCUGAGUCCACCUACGAGGAACUGGUGAAGGAGGGUCAGGCUGCUUCCCUUGUGAUCCUGCGCUUGGUCAUGGCUGGAAGAGCCGAGGAAGGCGCGUGGCCAAUUCAGAACGAGCUCAUGCGAGCAGCGGGCCUUGCAUGGAUCCUGCCGUUUAUGCGGCUGGUCCGUGAGAAGGAGGGAGGCCACAUCACCAUGAGGGAGGCGAGAACCAUCACCAUGAGGGACUGGCUUGAAAAGCAGCCCAAAGGACCCGAACAUGAAAGAGCUUGGGCACUUUACCGUGAUUGUGAGGCUGCUUGGAAUGCAGCCCUUUCAGAUGGCAACAUACAAGACGGUUGUGGUCGCCUUACCCUUCCAAAGUGGUCGUUGAGUUCGCCGCUUGCCCUUGCUUGUCCGAUGAGCGAGCCGGAGCCGUUGCAGUUCGGGGAUUUUACUGUUGGCGGUGGUUAUCCUGAUCCUGCGGAACACUGUGCAGGUGUUGGUCUGCACGAGCUCGCUUUGAAUCACAACAAGGUUUUGACCCAGGUGAAGACCUAUUUGCAGGGACGUGGUGCAUCCCAUAUCCAAGCCCGUCUCCACAGCACAGAGAAGUUUCUUACAACUGCAGAGCGCAGCGAAGGUGGGGAGGGCAAAUGCUUCGCAGAGAGCUCAGAGGCGCCGAUCCUCCUCCUGCAGCAGGCCACGGUUCCGGACUUGCUCGUGCUACCCGCCCAACUUCACGACGCGUGCACACCGUUGGUGGAGGAGGAGCUCAACCCCGAGCACGAGCCUUUCCCGCAAAAGAAGCUGCUGUUGGACUACCAAGUCAGCAGCCUGCUCGAGAGAUUCUACCAGUGCCCCUGGUCGGCAGACGGUCGAGCAAGGGGGGGUUACGAUUUCCUGUCGAUGGAGCAGGAUCACAAGGAGCUACAGGCCGACAUUGAAGACUUCCCCUACCGCAUUUACCACGGAAAUGUGACUGUUCGGAUUUUGAACCGAGUCAAAGUCGAUUGCCGUCGACUCGCCCCUCAAAUCUCAUUGAACAAUGCCUUGAGUGUCCAACGGGCAGAAGAGUUGGAGGCCUCCUUUUUCCGGGACUCGGCCAAGGCCUUGGAUGUCAGCAAAAUUACCGGCGACUUGAUCGCCUUGCUCUUGGGUGCCCGUUCCUUGGUUGGUAUCAUUCGAGGAGACAUGACCCUCCGUCAGUUUGUAGAAGUGUACACUCUGGCAGAGAGCUCAUGCAUCGACAACAAGUCAGAAAGCCACCCAGAUGCUUUGAUGCGCAUUGUCAACAUGCAGGACAUUGCAGAGGUUCCGCUAAGUGCCCUCGUGGCGCUGCACUUGCUCUCUCGGGAUCUGCUGGCCAUGAUGCACGGAGUAAGUGUUCGGUGUUGGGAUGCAGAGGACGAGUGGGUGGACUCAAGCGAUUUGCCCCCAGAGCUGGACUUGUGGCUGGACACACUUCAGAAGGACCAUCCCGAGGCCGCUUUUCCAUGA